AUGUCGAGUUUGUCACCUCAGAGUCCGGAGCCUACCAACAUGGUGCCCAGACCCAGCGAUGUGUUCGCUGAACCUCCGGCUUUCGUUCCGGACGACUCUGAGCCUCUCGACUUGAUUUCUUUCAUGGCCCUCGAGGAGGCCGACGUCCCCGUGGAUGGAGGGACUCAAACCGAGGUCCCCGGGGUUGAAAGGACUCGAACCGAGGGCGAGACUGCGGAUCCCACCGACAAAGCUCUCAAGCUAGAGCGUUUUUCGGGUGCUCCCAAGACUAUAGGCCUUGUGGAAUGGCGCCGUCGUUUCGUGGCUCUCUCUGCCGCUGGUCGUGGCCUAUGGUCGUGGCCAAGCUCAAGGCCUUCUUGA